AUGGACAAUGAUACGAUCGAAACUCCACGUGAUCGGGAUUUAUGGAGUGAUGGGUUUGAGGAUGUCCUCGUUGACCUCUUGUACCAAGACACCCUCAUGGAUAGAUUGAGAGGAGGGAGGAUUACAACCGCUGAUAAUCUGAGGCUUGCUGAACGACUGUCUGCUAUUGGCCCAAAAAAAUUCAAUUGUGACCAAGUGAAAGGGAAAAUUGGGAGGCUUAAAAGAAGACAACGCGAGUUUACUGAUCUUAUGAAACAAACCGGUUUGGGGUGGGACCCAGAGAGGAAGGCACCAGUUGCUAGUGAGGAACACUGGGCGAAUGCUAUAAGGGUUCGUUCAUCAUGGAAACAUUAUAAGACCCAUGGAUGUCCAAAGUAUGAACUGCUUUGCGCAAUUUUUGGUUGUUCAGUUGCCACUGGGACAAUGGGGCGGGCAUCGACCGAUCCUGCCCCAGAUAGUGACGAUGAGCGGUUUCUUCAGAAGGAAAUGCAAAAUCCUGGGCAACCAGUGAUUGAUCAAGAACCCUUGCAUUCACACAGACCAUUCUCUGCCUCCUAUGCCAGCGGGUCUCGCAGACGACAAAGGGGAGGGCCGCCAUUUCAAAACGAUGCCCUUCAACAGCAAAUGAACGAAACCCUUGAUGAAAUUAAACGUAGUAACGACGCGAGACGGAAGGCUGCUGAGGACGUCAUGGAGUCGAGCAAGUCAAGGAAGCGAAGUAAAGGCUUUGGCACUAGCAUGGAGUCGGACGGAGCGUUUGAUCUCCAGAUGCAUUGUAUGAAGUUGUUGGAAGAAGUACAACCUACCCUACCUCCUGAUCAAUUUAACAAGGCCUUUGACCGUUUAUUGAGCACUCGGGUCCAGAGAUCGUUCAUUUCAAUCUCGGAUGAACGCAGAAGUCAGUGGGCUUGGAGUCUAAUUUGA